AUGGCCCAAUUCAUCCGAAACUUGUUCAGCCAGCCAUCUGUCUCUAUUCAAAUUCUCUCUGAUCUCCACUUGGAAGUAAAUCGCCAAUACACAUUGUUUGACGUGCCAGUCGUCUCUAAAUAUCUGCUGCUAGCCGGGGAUAUUGGGCGUUUAGCAGACUACGAUGAAUACCUUGCUUUCCUCCACAAGCAAACGGAGAAAUUUGAGUUAGUUUUUCUUAUCCUCGGCAACCAUGAGUUCUAUGGCGGAUCCUUUGCAUCGGCAUUCGAAACAGUCAGGCGGCUUGAACAGGAGCCGUCUCUAAAUGGACGACUGGUUUUGCUCCAUCAGCGACGAUAUGAUAUUCCAGACUCCAACGUCACUAUACUGGGGUGUACCCUUUGGUCUGAUAUUCCGGAAAAUUCUAAAGAUAUUGUCCAUUACAAAAUCAAAGAUUUUCAGAAAAUCAAAGAUUGGACGAUAGACGAGCAUAAUGCAGCGCACAAGUCCGACUUGAGUUGGCUACACAAGGAGGUCCAGUCCAUUUAUAAUACCCACAAAAUAAAUCCCACGAAAUUAUCGAAACGGUCGGUUCUGGUCGCGACACAUCAUGCACCCGCUAUGCACCGUACGUCGAGUCCACAACAUGCGCAGAAUCCUUGGAGUGCUGCAUUUGCCACAGAUUUAUUGUCACAGCCGUGGAAUGGCGUGAACACUUGGGUGUUUGGGCAUACACAUUAUUCAACUGAGUUCAAGGAGAAGGGGAUUAGGGUUGUGAGUAACCAACGGGGUUAUGUACUUCCAUGGAGCAAUGAGGCCAAAGGGUUUGAUGCAAAGAAGGUUAUUUGGGUAUAA